AUGGCUCAGUCAACAUCCACCCUCCCCCAAACCACACCCUCAGAAACACCCAUCCAAGCCUCCCCACGCUUCGAGUUGGAACUCGAAUUCGUCUCCGCCCUCGCAAACCCAGAAUACCUUCAAUUCCUCAGCUUUCACUACCCCCAACUCUUCCAGUUCAUGAACCCUCUCGACUCCUCCAACACCUCAACCUCAGCACAAGCAACCACCAAGAAGCCCAAAUCCUCCUCCAACGACAACUCCGACGCAGCAAAGUUCGCGCGUUACCUCAAGUAUUUACUGUAUUGGAAACGGCCAGAGUAUGCGCAGUUUCUGUCACAUCCGGCCGGGACGAUCAGGAAUCUGGAGUUGUUGCAGAAUGAGCAGUUUAGAAAGGAUAUUCUGCAUUUGGAUUUAGGAGUUAGGUUGGCUGAGGGCUUUACUGGGCAGGUGGAUCAUGUUGUGCCUGAGGAGGCGCCGGCACCCGAGGUCACGGUUGUGGAGGAUGGAGCUGAGGUUGCUGGGGAUGGCGAUGGCGGUGUGAAUGGAAGUGGCAACGUUGCUGCUGCAUCGUAA